AAAACCCUAAACGACAAUGGUCUGCAUAUAUUAGAGAUUAUUUUGCAAAUUUUAGGGUUACUGAACACUUCUUCUUCCCUGUCGCCGCAUCAAAGAGAACUGAAGCAAUAAGCUUUUGAAUCUCUCUGCAUCAACAUGACUUUCAAGCGUAGGAAUGGUGGCAGGAACAAGCAUAACCGUGGUCAUGUGAACCCAAUCAGGUGUUCCAACUGUGGAAAGUGUUGCCCCAAGGAUAAGGCGAUUAAGAGAUUCAUCGUCAGGAACAUUGUUGAGCAGGCUGCUAUUAGAGAUGUGCAAGAAGCUAGCGUCUACGAAGCUUACACUCUCCCAAAGCUUUACGCUAAGAUGCAAUACUGCGUCUCUUGUGCUAUCCACUCUCACGUUGUUAGAGUCCGAUCCCGCACUAACCGUAGGGUUCGUACCCCACCACCUCGUUUCGCCAGACGCAAGGAGGACACUCCCAAGCCUGGACAGCCUGGUCAGGCUCCUCGCCCUGCUGGUGGUGCUCCUGCUGCUCCUCGUGCCUAAAGACUUCAAGAAGCUGGCAAUCCAAAACUUUUUAUAUUCUAGUUUCAGUCUCUCUGUUGUCUGAAAUUUUUGAAGAUGUUUUCUACAUUUUGCUAAAGAUGAUUUCGCCAUAUGGAGCGUUAAAUGUUUCAGACCAUUUUACCAGUUGAUUUUUCUCACUUUUUGAUCUUUGCAACAUAAAACCCUUUGUUUGAAGAGAAA